GAAUUAGUGUCAACGUCAAAAAUCAACAAAAAUAAUUUCCAUUUUAUAAAAUAAUAAAAAUGAUUAGUGAAUUAAGACAUAACGCAUCACCAUCACUCUCAGCGAGUGGUUCUACUGAGCAUUCCGAUGGUUCUGGUGACAAUCAAUCCAGAACUUCAUCUGAAAUACAAGAAUACACAAAAAUCUUGGAAGGACAUAAAUCGCAAUUUGAUAAAUUAUGGGCUAGGCAAUACGAACCAUCCACACCUUUGGUUGGUUUUGAUAUGAUUAGAGUUUUAGGUACUGGUGCUUUUGGACAAGUCGUUUUGGCUAAACACAAAAUUACGAGCGUACAUUAUGCAAUAAAAAUCCAAAAACAAUCGGUUUUGGUUAAAACGCAGCAAGUGCAUCAUACAUACUAUGAAAAAAGAAUCUUACAAAGCGUUUCUUUUCCUUUAGUUGUUAAUAUGGAUUUUUCAUUUAAAGAUUCUACGUAUAUUUAUUUUGUAAUGCCUUUUGUAAAUGGUGGAGAUUUAUUUACUUAUUUAAAAAAAGUCAAAAAAUUAAAAGAAGAUUUAUGUAAAUUUUACGCAGCCCAAAUAGUUCUCGCAUUGGAAUACAUACAUUUUCUUUCAUUGGUAUUUCGCGAUUUAAAACCAGAAAAUAUUAUGAUCGAUUCAACAGGUUACCUAAAAGUUUGCGAUUUUGGUUUUUGCAAAUAUGUAGAUACAAGAACGUACAGUUUAUGCGGUACCCCUGAUUAUUUAGCACCCGAAACACUAUUAAUGAAAGGAUAUGGAAAAAGCGUUGAUUGGUGGGCAUUUGGAAUUUUUUUAUAUGAAGUAUCAGCUGGAUAUCCCCCGUUUUAUGAUGCUAACGAUAUAAUUCGAUUUGGAAAAGUCGUUUCGUUGCAUUAUCGAUUCCCAAAAGAAUUUAGCGUCGAAUUGAAAGACUUAAUUAGAAAUUUAUUACAAGUUGAUUUAUCGCGAAGGUACGGUAUUUUAAAAAGGGGAGUUCUCGACAUAAAAUAUCACAAAUUCUUUAAUGGAAUUAAUUGGUCCGACAUUUAUCAACAAAAUACUAGAGCACCUUACGUUCCACAGGUUAGAAAUGAAGGUGAUACCCGUCAUUUUGAAUCAAACGAUGAAAUUAAUUAUGUUAUUGAUCCUGAUGAUGACUAUACAGAACAAUUCAAAGAUUUUUAA